AUGAUUUAUAAUAAUUUUACUAAUAAUAAUGAAGGUUCUCUUCAAUUUGGAAGCGGAUUCCUGCACAAUGGAUGCCAGCUCCUGGUACCCGAGAGAGAGAGAGAGGGAGAGAGAGAGGGAGGGAGGGAGAGAGAGAGGGGUUAGGAGCUCCAGAUGGUGUUUAAACGCAGACAGAAGGCUACACCGAGGACAGAGAGAGAGAGAGAGAGAGAAGGAGGAGGAGGAGAGAGAGCCAGCCGCGGUUAUUGCGCACAGUGGUCCCGUCAGCUCCACUCAUCACCGAGGACAAAACAAGUCAGGGGGGGGGGAAAAAUACAGAAAUUUCUCAAAAAAUCCACGGCGAGGAAAACAAAAAAAAAAGGCUCUAAAAAUAUGCUCAGCUGAUUGUGAUUAUCUCCGGAGGAGGCGACUAUUUUUCUCUCGCAGCAUCUGACGUGCGAGGAGAAGCGCGUCGGAGGAGGAGGACACGAAGGAGCACGAAGGAGAGAGAGAUCGGUUAUUGUCAUUAUUUCGGUUCCUCUGCUCGGAUGCGCGAGGACUCGAUCCCGACACUGUGAACUAAAGAAGAAGAACGUGUGUGUGUGUGUGUGUGUGUGUGGGGGCCCUUUAAAAGUUGACACGGGGAUAAAAAAAGACGCACCCUGCACGCGCAAGGACCCCGCAUCUUCUCAUCGUUUUUACGCGCGAGCCGUGGAGGAUUUAUGGACAAAAUAUAACCCUGUUUAUUCUUUUUCCUGAUUUUCCUUCACCUGGGAUGUUUCCAAUGAGCAUGAGAGCGGAUUUAAAUGACCGGAACAAGUUGUGAUUGUUUUUUUUCUAUAUAUAUACAUGUAUAUAUAUAUAUAUAAUCACGUUCAGCACCAGAAGCUGUUUGCGUGACAAAAAAACUGCAAAAAACCAAAGACAUCAGUGUUUUUCUUCUUCUUUUCUUUUAAAGGAUCACAGAGCUCUGCGGUUUCCAUGAUGUCCUUUCUCUUCCCCUAUAAUUGAGAAGAGAAAUAUCCCAUCAUUUAUUUAUUUUUCUUUAAAAAGAAAACCCUGGAAAGUCAAGAUUCCUUCUGAACUUCCAAAGGAGAGAUCAACAUUUAUUGUCUCGUGUCUCAGAGACCAAAAAAAAAAAACCCCACCUGAAUAGUUGUUGUUUUUUUAAUCCCCACAAAUGAUGAAGAUAUAAAAGCUUAUUAUUUUUUUUUUCCAACAACAACAAAAAAAAAGACUCUGCUGUGGAUUUAUCAUCGCCACAAUUUCAGUUUGACCUCGACCUUCACAAAGUAGCAGAGUGCAGACGGUUGGAACAAUGCCAGAUUCACCUGCGGAUGUGAAAACCCAGCCCAGGUCCACCCCACCCACCAUGCCUCCACCACCCCCGGCUGUCAGCCAAGCAACCAAUCGCAGCGCUUCAUUCACCCCGACCACCAGUAAAUCAAUGUUGAACGGGAGCAGCCAUUCUCCUACUUCACUAAACGGUGCUCCAUCCACCCCUAACGGCUUCAGUAACGGGCCAGCCAUGUCCUCCACGGCCUCACUGUCCAACCAGCAGCUCCCGCCGGCUUGCGGAGCUCGGCAGCUCUGCAAGCUGAAGCGCUUCCUCACCACGCUGCAGCAGUUUGGCAACGACAUAUCGCCCGAGAUUGGCGAGAGAGUGCGCAGCCUUGUGUUGGGGCUGGUGAACUCCACCCUCACGAUCGAAGAGUUCCACUCCAAACUUCACGAGGCCACCAAUUUUCCUCUGAGGCCAUUCGUCAUUCCCUUCCUGAAGGCAAACCUGCCUCUGCUGCAGAGAGAGUUGCUCCACUGCGCCAGAUUAGCCAAGCAGACUCCGGCUCAGUAUCUGGCCCAACACGAGCAGCUCCUCCUGGACGCCAACGCCAGCUCGCCCCUCGACUCCUCCGAGAUCAUGCUGGAGAUGAACGAACACGGCAAGAGAAGGACUCCUGACAGGACCAAAGAGAGCUCAGAGAGAGACGGUUUGCACCCAGAGCACCUCGCGAAGAGGCCCUGCACCAUCAGCCCCAGCCAACGCUUCAGCCCCAGCACGGGUCUCCCUGCUCACCCGCCUCCUAAUGGCCUCCCCACGCACCCCCCUAACGGCCUCCCCCACCCAUCCAACCACCAAGUGGGACCUCAGCACUAUCGCCUGGAAGACAUGGCCCUGGCUCACCAAUACAGAGACGCGUACAGGCACAACGAACACCGCGACGCUCGGGACAGGCAUCGGCCGACAGCGGUGCACGGAGCUCGCCAAGAGGAGGUGAUCGACCACCGUCUGACAGACAGGGAGUGGGCCGAGGAAUGGAAGCACCUCGACAACCUCCUGAACUGCAUCAUGGACAUGGUGGAGAAGACGCGGCGCUCUCUGACGGUGCUGCGCCGCUGCCAGGAGGCCGACCGCGAGGAGAUGAACCACUGGAUCCGGCGCUACAGCGACGUGGAGGAGAUGAAAAAAGGUGGGAGCAACGGACAGCACUGCCUCCCUCCUCCUCUUCCUCCUCCUCCUCCUCCUCCUCCUCACCACAACUCCUCCUCCAACACAGCUAGCAGCAGCGAGGCGCUGCCCAUAGGAACUCCCUCGGCUGCUGAAAGGCAGUCGGGCAGACAGACAGAUAUCCACCGAGACUUCUUACACCGGCCUCCCUCAGGAUACCUGCCAGAAGAAAUCUGGCGGAAAGCCGGUACUACAAGCAUCCCGCUCUCCCCAGCACUAAAGCACCUCCAAAACAAGCAGGAGGAGGCCGUGAAUGAGGUGAAGCGGCAGGCGAUGUCGGAGCUGCAGAAGGCCGUGUCGGACGCCGAGAGGAAGGCUCACGAGAUGAUCUCGGCCGAGCGCUCUAAAAUGGAAAGGGCGCUGGCCGAGGCUAAGAGGCAAGCCUCCGAGGACGCGCUAACAGUCAUCAACCAACAGGAGGACUCCAGUGAAUCUCACCAGAGCUGCUGGAACUGCGGGAGAAAAGCCAGUGAGACGUGCAGCGGCUGCAACACGGCUCGCUACUGCGGCUCCUUCUGCCAACACAAGGACUGGGAGAAGCACCACCACGUCUGCGGUCAGGGCCUGCAGGGGAUGCCGGGGGGCAGCAGCGUCCCUCUGGGCACGCCCUCGUCCUCCGGCGCGCCCCCCACUCACUCGGAGAGCGCGCCGCCGGGACCGCUGUCCCUGGCGGGCCAGAGCAGUAUUGUGGCGGGAGCGGGCAGCGGCAGUGGGAGUGUCUCUGCCAGCCCCAAAGAGAGCAGCUCGAGCAGUGCCUCGCGCUCCACGACUCCGGCGACCCCCGCGCUCCUGGACGCCACCUCUCGCUGACGCCUGUCCCCCUCCCCGGAUACGGAUGCCCACACUCCACACAAACCAAACUGAGGAAUCUUCAUUGCACACUCCUCCUCUUCCGCCUUCCUUAUCACGCUACCUGAUUAUCAACUCGACCUGGAACCCCGCCCCCUCCCCUAAAAAUACCCGUUUUCUGUCUCUUCUUCACACGCAAAGAUUCCAGUGUAGUGUCAAGCGUGAACUGUGCUGUGUCUCUUUAACGGAAACAUAUCAGACGCGUUUGCUGAGAACAUGAACGGGAGUGAGUGUCCGCGUUAAGGACACAAGACAAGGGCUGUAGUGCGGCAACAUCGGUGAGGAAGGGAGGGAGCGGAGGGGUGUCUAAGCCGAUUAGCACUUGGGUAGGAUUUCCCUUUAAUUACCAAUGAGAGAACAGUACCCAGCCCUCAGAUGUGCACUACUCGUCCAAACAGUUCACUGAUGUGGCACAUUUUUUUCCAACAGUGUCCUAAUGGAAAACAGGCAAGGGACAUAAUAGUUUUCUUCAAUGGAUGACGGAAAAGGGGGGAGGACCUGUGGUGCGAUUAAUUCCUCAGAAACACAGCUUAGUAUUUAUUAAAGGUUUCUUUCUGGCUUUAAGGAAAAAAUAAAGAAAAGUCCAAAUAUUCUAAAUGCAGAAUAAUAACAAUAAUGAUAUGAGAAUAAAUUAAUUUUUAAAGAGAAAAGAAAAACUGCUAACUACCUUGCUAGCAAGCCAAGAAAAAUCUACACCGGA